AUGUGGAAGCCAAGAGCCAGCAGCAGAAAGGAGGAUUUCCAGGAUGGUGGUAAAGGGAUGUCUCAGGCUACCUUCUGGGUAGCAGACCCAGAAAGCGAGCGGAGCCGGAGUCAAGACCAGAGGCCGAACUCGGGAUCUGACAAGAUCGCCGGGCUGCCCCGCAGGAUUAUCAAGGAAACCCAGCGUUUGCUGGCAGAACCAGUUCCUGGCAUUAAAGCAGAACCAGAUGAGAGCAACGCCCGUUAUUUUCAUGUGGUCAUUGCUGGCCCCCAGGAUUCCCCCUUUGAGGGAGGGACUUUUAAGCUUGAACUAUUCCUACCAGAAGAAUACCCGAUGGCAGCCCCUAAAGUACGUUUCAUGACCAAAAUUUAUCAUCCUAAUGUAGACAAGUUGGGAAGAAUAUGUUUAGAUAUUUUGAAAGAUAAGUGGUCCCCAGCACUGCAGAUCCGCACAGUUCUGCUAUCGAUCCAGGCUUUGUUAAGUGCUCCCAAUCCAGAUGAUCCAUUAGCAAAUGAUGUAGCGGAGCAGUGGAAGACCAACGAAGCCCAAGCCAUAGAAACAGCUAGAGCAUGGACUAGGCUAUAUGCCAUGAAUAAUAUUUAAAAUCGAUCUGAUCAUCAAGUUCUCCUGUUCUCCUGUUCUGCCAAGACUUCUUCCUUUUUUGUUUGCAUUUAAUGGACACAGUCUUAGAAACAUUACAGAAUAAAAGCCCAGACAUCUUCAGUCCUUUGGUGAUUAAAUGCACAUUAGCAAACCUAUGUCUUGCCCUGAUUCACUGUUGUAAAGCAUGAGCAGAGGCUAGAAGUACCAUCCGGAUUGUUGUGAAACGUUUAAAAGCAGUGGCCCUUCUCUGCUUUUAUUCAUUUCCCCAUCAUGGUUUGAGUAUAAAGCACUGUGAAUGAAGGUAGUUGUCAGGGUUAGCUGCAGGGGUGUGGGUGUUUUUCUUUAUUACUUUUUUUGAGGGGGAGAGGUAGUUUUAUUUUAAUUUUUUGGGCUCCUUUCCCCCCUUUUAUGGUGAUCUAAUUGCAUUGGUUAAAAGCAGCUAACCAGUUCUUUAGAAUAUGCUCUCUAGCCAAGUCUAACUUUAUUUAGACGCUGUAGAUGGACAAGCUUGAUUGUUUGAACCAAAAUGGGAACAUUAAACAAACAUCACAGCCCUCACUAAUACCAUUGUGACUUGCUGUCAAGUGUAGAAUCCUUCCUUCAAGAAAAAGCUUGUGACCAUUUUGUAUGGCUUGUCUGGAAA